GCUCAAGUGUGGCUGGUCCAAGAUCGGAGCCGUCUACACGGCGCACGAAUCUCAGAACACCGGCAAGAUUCUCUUCUUCCCCAGAGCGCUAGCUCCGCAACAGACUCGUGGACCCCAAGUCUGCAUCGGCACGCCUCCCACGCCGCCGUCUCGCCACCUCCCACCAGUGACGUGACGUCUCGUCCACCCUCACAGGCUCACACCGGCACACGCGACAGCACACGCUCAGCUCAGCCAUGGAGCGCGCGCGGCACAGGAGCUCUCCCAGCUCCGAGCGCUUCCUCGGCUCCUUCCUCGCCCCCGCAGCCGCCGGCGAACAGUCCGCCUCCACUGCCUUCGAGCUCGACGAGGACGACCUCUUCUCCACAGGAUCCGCCUCGCCCGAGCCGCCGAAGCUGGUGCGGCGCCCACUCAUCCUGUCCUCCGUGCGCCCCGCAAACCCUAGCCCCAUUCCCCGUCUCCGCCGCCCGCCGGAGGGCAUCCUGGACGCCCUACCCGAGCGCCGCCGCUCGCCGCCUCAACCUUCUUCAUCGACGUCGUCGUCCCCCGGUUCCCCUGCCGCUGCCCCUCCCCGCAUGAUCCCCGCCGUCCCCCGUCCGGCGCCGGUCCCGUCGCCGCAAAUGGCGCGGUCUCUGCCGGUCAAUGUCCCCGCGGCGCGGCUGCGGAAGCCGCCGAAGGUGAUGGGUGAAAAGACUUUGCUUUUCCCCCUUUCCCCCAUGGAUGAGGACGACGAGGAGAUGCUGCCGCCGCAUGAGAUGGUGGCGCGCGCGCGGGCUCGGGAGUCGCCGAUGACGACGUUCUCAGUGCUGGAAGGAGCCGGGCGCACGCUCAAGGGGCGGGACCUCCGCCAGGUACGCAAUGCAGUCUGGCGCAAGACCGGAUUCCUCGACUGAUCCGUGCCAUUUGCACUGACCAGUAGCCUUCAGAUAGAUUCAAGUGAUUGAUUUUAUAUAAUUAUAUGUCUGGACAUCUGAUUGUGUACAUUAUUGAUCAUUGGGUGUUAAUUUUAGUCGCACCUGUAAAGCAUAUCUGCUCUAUUAGUACUUGUAAACUUUUGAGUCGGGCAGUUAAGUUGCUGAUAUUGGGAUAUUUGGUUUGGCUUAAGAUUUGAUGUAUCAUGCAUGCUUCUGUGUGUUAAUUUGUUGCAAUAAAUAAGGUGUUAAUUUUUAGCUCAGUUUAACAUUUAUUUACUAGAGGGGUCAAUUUGUGUAGAUUGGUGUUGGUGUGGUAGUGGAGUGAAGGGCAUUGGUUCGAUUUUACAGAUUCCUUUCUCAUACUGGUCAUUAGUUUUUAACUUACUUUGACCCCUCUACAUCCUGAUUCUUCUGUGAAUUCUAGGCUUUUUGAUGAAGCUGCAACCUUAGGGUGUGGAUAUCAAUUCGUAGAUGAAUAGACUGUUCAUGUGUGUUAUAGCGGUGGUGGUUAAUCUAGAUAGUAUCUUUGUUUUGCAUUUUUGCUUAGUCAGAUGGGGUUCUCAGGCUACAAUCUUACUACUUUGUACACAUAUUGACAUAUAUGAAAAUUAUGUUUGGAAAUAUGAAUCCAGUGAACACCGAAGGAACCAUAAGGAAGACAUUAUCAGUUCUUACAAUUUAGGGCUUUCUGCAUACUCUGUGUAUUUCUAUUGAACAACAGAUUCAAAUGUCAAAAUGUUUGUUCUCUGUUGGUGUAUGUUUUGCCUUAAAACUUCUUCAGUCACUGAUAAGUCAAUAACACAAGUUUUCCCUCUAAAUUGUGAGGAAAAAAGAACUUAAAUGGAACAUCAGGAUCCAAGUUUGCAAUAUGAUUGAAUGAGUGCCAUAGUGGUUAUCAACAAAAAAAAAAUGUCGCAGAAUAAAGUGGAAUAAUCCUUUUGCACAUUUCAGGUCUAUUUCUGAGAUUUUGAAUAUUUUGAAGAAAUCAUUGGCUGGGUGCUGAAAUGGUUAUAGAAAAAGAGAAACUACACCUUAGUUACCUACAUGGCUUCUCACUAGAUUGAAUCAAAAGAAAAUAGUAGGAAUGUUUACUACCGCAUCCCAGCUGUGCUGGAAGAAUGGUUUAAAUAUAUAUUCGUAGAAAAGGUAAACAUUAUAUAUGUGAGGGUUACACGUUUCAGAUGUUAUCCUUCUGGCUUGGCUCUUUUUUAAUCAAAGCACGUAAUGAUUCUCCCACUAGAGCUAGGCUGAAAACAAGAUCUAUGUAUGCUUCAACCUACCCUGCCUGCUUUGUUUUCAGAGAGAAACCUACACUUACUAAAUGCCCCUGAAGUGGUGUAGUCUGGUCACUGGUCAGGACUCAGCCGCAGUACCAAUGAUAGAUUGUACAUUGUUUUUUUCCCCCUCAAAUGCGGGUUUGUACAGAAUAACAAAUCAAUGGAAGAAGAAACUACAAGUUUGUGGUGCCCGGUCCAGCACUGCGGUCGUAGUGGAAAAUCGAGUGUUCUUUAUCUUCUCAAUGGACUGUAUUUGUGCCAUGAAUUCAGAUGUCAGUCGGGAAAGAAGGAAAAAAGGGAUGAAAGUUUUGCGCAAACACUGAAUUAAUAGAGGAAGGAGGGUGAAAGGAUGAAACUUUUGAAUUCAUGAAUUCCCAUUCUAUACAAAUAGAAAACAGAUAGAACCAAGUGGUGUUAUGCAAUAUCAUGCUCCAAAGGAAUAGUAAAAGAAGUCAUAAUUGUACCUGCAUCGGCACUGGAUGUAUGUGAUGGUGGCAGAAUAACUACACAAGUGCUUACUUCCAUGUUCCAUGUGUCUCCAAACUAGUACAUAAUUUUGGGUUUCAGAUAAUCAGACAAAUACAGGACAGCAAGAAAUUGGUCAACUAAAUUCUUGCUCUUGUUUCUACACAUUCAAAAUUCUGUUUGAUGCACCAUCGCUGUGCUGUCCGCAGAUUGCAGUGCAGCCAUGAUAGAGCUGGAACAGCAGACUGGAUGAUGCAUAAAUCCACUUGCAUAAAUCCUUUUAUGCAGCAUCAUGCUCCAAUGGAAUAGUAAAAGAAGUCAUAUUGUACCUGUAUUGGCACUGGAUGCCUGCGAUGGUGGGAAACGAAACUAUGUAAGUGCCUACUUCCAUGUUCCAUGUGUCUCCAAACUAGUGAUGGUGGGAAACAAAACUAUGUAAGUGCCUGCUUCCAUGUUCCAUGUGUCUCCAAACUAGUACAUUAUUUUGAGUUUCAGAUAAGCAGACAAAUGCAGGACAGCAAGAAGUUGGUCAGCCAAAAUCUUGCUCUGUUUCUACACAUUCAAAAUUCUCUUUUCUGCACAAUCGCUGUGAUGUCUGCAGACCGCAGUGCAGCCAUGAUAGAGCUGGAACAACUGACUGGAUGGUUCCAGGCCCAUGCUCCUUGCAAAGAGCACUGCCAGCACUUGAAUUUCAGCAUCUGUAAGAUUUCAAGGCUGGCCACAGCGGAUGAACAGUGAGAUUUGGAUAGAACGGGCAGGAAAAAGAUAGGACUCGGAGGUUUUUAGUUUCUCUGAGCUCCACCUCCACAUGUUAUGAUUCUCUUGGUGAUGGCUGUAUGUGGUUGUAGGGAGUGUGCCUGUAAACAACUUGAGACCAUGACAGUUGACAACUGCAUCCAGCUUAGCUGAAGAAUCAACUGUGAAUAGUGCAGUUAGCUGAAGAAUCAACUGUGAAUGUCGUUGUAUGGUUUCAGAGUCAAAGGCUUGACGCAUAAAAUGGCCAGCUGUUAGCAGUUGACGCAGUGACAUCCAGAACAGCUAAUUGGCUUCGAUGGCGGCACUCUACUCUGUAGUGGGGCACAGGGAGACAAAUCUUUGUAUGCUGGCAGACAGUCAGCGAUUUUAUUUUGACCAGCUUGUUGAACAUUGACUUGUAUUGUCGUUUCCUAUAGAUACAAUUGCUUCCUGUUAUUUGUUUUGACAGAAUUUACUAGUGCUCUUGUUUGCAAUGAAAUGAAAGGAAAUGGAUGGCUGAAUGCAGUGGUUGUUCAUCAA